GGCCGCGACACGCGACACGUGCGACGCGCGACACGGACGCGACACGGACGCGACACGUGGUGCUCGACAUGUGAGCGCACACUCACGGCAAACGCGACGCCGCGUGUCCCGUCGGAACAGAGACACGGACGAAGGGAAUAGAACAUUUGAAACGAGCACAAGAAUCAUAACGCACCGCCGCGACGCGAAAGUGGCGCGAGCCCGCUCCGCUGGGCUCCGCGCGAUGCGACGCGAGGCGAGGCGGCUCGUCCCCGAGUCCUGGCCGCCGCCAUGCAGAGGGAUAACCACAAUCGCCAGCUUAUGGCGGGGGCGGCGACCUCGGCCUCCGUGACGUCCGCCAGGUCCGCCACCACACUGCCGCCCUUCGACAACGCGACCGCCAACGACUCGCUGCACUGGUACGAGCCCGCCUACGAGCGCGACCCGCCCCACAUCAUCAUCCCCCUGAGCGCCAUGUACGUCAUCGUGUUCGUGUUCGGCCUGCUGGGCAACAUCAGCACCUGCAUCGUCAUCGGACGCAACCGGCAGAUGCGCACCGCCACCAACUUCUACCUGUUCAGCCUGGCCUGCUCCGACCUGCUGCUGCUCAUCUCGGGGCUGCCGCUCGAGCUGCACAAGAUCUGGUUUCCCUACCCCUACCCCUUCAACGAGGCCACCUGCGUCAUCCAGGGCAUGUCGGCGGAGACGUCGGCCAACGCCACGGUGCUCACCAUCCUGCUCUUCACGUGCGAGCGCUACAUCGCCAUCGUGCACCCGCUGGUGAAGCUGCAGGCGCGGCGCAGCGCGCUCUGGGUGUCGCGCGUCUUCAAGGCCCCCGUGCUGCUGGGCGGCGUGUGGGUGGCGUCGCUGCUGCUGGCCGUGCCGCAGGCCAUGCAGUUCGGCAUCGUCAACCCCAACGAGGACAUCCCCGACUCCCCGGACCUGUCCGAGUGCACCAUCAAGCACUUCUUCGUGCGCCACGCCUUCCUCAUCUCCACCGUCGUCUUCUUCCUGGCGCCGCUCACCGUCAUCACCAUCCUCUACCUGCGCAUCUUCGUCAAGCUGCAGGAGGCCAAGCGGCACCGCAUCCGGUCCACGGCCCAGGACCAGAACCAGGGCCACGUCGUCAAGAUCCUGGUGGCCGUGGUGCUGACCUUCUUCAUGUGCUGGGCGCCCUUCCACACGCAGCGGCUCGUCGCCGUCUACAUGCACCAGGGCGACACGCCGGAGGAGAACGAGCGCUUCAAGAACAUCUUCAACUUCAUCACGUACCUGUCCGGCGUGCUCUACUUCAUGUCCACCAUGAUCAACCCCAUCCUCUACCACAGCAUGUCCAACAAGUUCCGCGACGCGUUCUGGGACACCGUGUACCGCGACUUCCACGGCUUCGCGUGCCUCGCCAUCCCGGAGCAGUGGAAGAAGAAGCAGGAGAGCCGGUACAACAUCCGGCGCGGCAACCGCGAGUGGUCCAGGCGCAACGGGUGUGCCGAGCGUGCGGAGUGUACGGAGCAGCAGUCCAGCUACCGCCGCAACCGCCACAGCAACAGCCUGUUCGAGCUUUUGCCGAUGAGGAGUAGCCCGAACCCCGCGGCGUGCGCGGCGUCGGCCGAGGCGGAGACCAAGAUGGAGACCCUGGACAGCCCCAUCGUGGACCCCAGCAAGCUGGAGGCGCUGCUCCAGAACGGAGGCUCCAACCAGCACGGGCUGGUGCUGCCCACGCUGCUGCGCUCGCACUCGCUGCACGCCAGCACGCCGCACAGGGGUCGGCGGCGGCCGCCGCGGCGCAGCUGCACUGUGGACGUGGUCACGGAGGUGAUGCGGGCGCAGCACGACGGGCUGGUGUCAGAAAAUGACUGGCCUUGCCAACAGAAAGGUUGUGAUUCUGUAGCUCUAAAAGAAAACGAGUAUGGUCUUACUCCACUAUCAUCAUGGUGUUUUCCACAUAAGCAGUCAAAAUUUCCCUCGAUGCACUAA